ACUCUCUGCCUUUCAGAAGCUCUGCUGCUUUUCCGCUCUUUGUCUUCUCAUUUUUCUUGAUAAAAAUGGCAAGCGAACAGAGGAUUUCUGGCAUGUCCACUCGAAAGGCAAAAGCCACUUGGACACACACAUUCCACAAGAUAUUUGUGGAAUUGUGUUUAGAACAGACAAUAAAGGGGAAUAGGCCCUGUACACAUUUCACUAAGGAAGGCUGGAGGAAUAUUGUCGAAUCAUUCCACAGAAAGGUGGGUGUGAGAUACGACCGGAAACAAUUAAAGAAUCAUUGGGAUGUCACCAAGGAACAAUGGAAAAUUUGGUGUAAGCUAAUUGGAACUAGUAGCAUGAAAUGGGAUUCCGCUUCUCAUAAAUUUGGAGCGAGCAAUGAAGAUUGGGACAACUAUUUACAGGCAAACCCAGAAGCUGCUCAUUUUCGGUACAAGGAGCUCCCGUUCACUGAAGAAUUGGAAACCAUCUUUGAUGGAACAGCAGUUAGUGGAGAAACAGAACCUCCAACUCAGCGUAGGAAGAAAAAUGAUGGUUUGGCCACCGCCAUUUCGCCCAUGAAUGAGCAAGGAAUUUUUAAGCCUGAUGGGAAAAUUAGGCGUCAUUUUGAUGCUGUUGAAUCAAGGAGUGUUAUAACGGUUCAAUCUGCACAAUGUAAACAGAAUUACAGUAUUGGGGAGUGCAUUGAGUGCCUGGAUAGGAUGGAGGAAGUAGAAGAAGGAAGCGAACUAUACUUGUUUGCAUUAGACAUAUUCUUGAAGAAGGAAUACAGAGAAAUUUUCCUUCAAUUGAAGAAGCCUAGCGUAAGGAUUGCAUGGCUGCAACGGCUGCAAUCGGUUUGUCCACCUUUGCAUUAGGGCUCUGAUUAUUCUUUGGGCUUCUUUUUAAUGUUUGAUAAACUCUAGGUAGUUCUGGUAUAUGGCAUGAUUCUGAUCUGGUUAAUAGAAUUUAUUUCUAGUUGGUUGCUAAAUGAGUUGCCUCAUGUUUGUUUGAUAUAAGCAUAUUUAAU